GAUCUGAACAUCCAAGCAUGUUCGUGACAGAAUCUUCACUUGGACAUGCCAUAGAAACCAUUGAACUGAUCCAGUCUGUAUAUUAUGGGGAUGAAUUCCGAUUCCGUAACAAGAGCGACCAGCUUUUAUACGACGAACUGGUUGAAUAUCGUGAAGCAUGUACUUUACAAGAUAGACUCGAUAAUAUCAAAGAACAUACCAUUUCUUUCCAAGUCAGUAUCCAUCUCGCAGACGACAACGAUGAAACUCCUUUGAUCUUGGUGGUCGAUAUCAUGAUAUGGCUAACUGAACCACAACGAUGUGACAUGAAGAUUUCGACGACGCAACAGAGCCCCUGGUUACAUCGAUCCCUCCAUGAACAGUUAUCAGCUCUUUUUGACGCCCACUGGAAAAAGCAUUAUAAAGAACAUAUCGACAAAGAUGACCGUGCAUCUCUGAUUAUGAUGGUUCUAGACGAAUUAUCAACUAUAGCGGCACCUAUUCUAGAAGCAUAUACUCAACAGCAACGACAACAACAACAGCAACAACAACAACAAGAAUCAGCUGGUCCUGUCAAAUGUAUCCGUGAAUGGCUUUGGUUACCCAUGAUAUAUACCAAGGAAAAAAGAGGUCAUAUUGUCUCUUGGGCACCCAAUUAUGAUAUCACUGGCAUUUUGAUGAGUGGAAAACCAGGCAUGCUUUGUUUGGAAGGAACAGAAAAGUCGGUGGCAUCUUUCAUUAACGAUAUCAAGACCAUCUCAUGGGCAGAUAUUCCAGCUGGACAUAAAAAGAUUUCGACUAAAUAUCAAGAACGAUUUGAAUGUGAUAAUAUGGAUACAUUCAAUCAAACCAUUCGAAAAUUCAAGAAUAUGCAGGAACUCAAGUUUGAUACCUCGGGCAAAUUUCGAAAUCAUAGUGAUUUGGUCAUGUUGAAAAAAUGGAUGACUGAACACAACGUGGAUUAUGCUUUUGGGCAUUUGUUUGAUUACAAUUAGUAUUUUAUAUAGAUUAGAUACAGUUUGUAGAUAGAUUAAUUAAUUGAUUCAAAAUUUCUUGUCGGGUCACGAGAAAAUAGUUAUGUUAUAAAUAAAAUAUCGGUCUUUGCCAAAGUGGAUGUCUCAUUACCACUUUUUUCAGAUA